AGCCAGUCGAAAAGGCCUCUCCCUGGUCAUAGGGGUUCCAAGUGCCGGCUCAGUCGAGCGCAACGCAGCGGUUUAUUUGACAACGGAAGAUACAGGUGAAUCCGAAACUAAGGGUUAGUCGAGCACCAAAGAAGCCUAUAGACAGCGAAAAGAAGUGCGAGCUCGUGCCCUCUAUAAACAGCAAUCCCAGCUACCAGCUCCCAGCUCCAUACAGACUGGCCCAUUGAGCGUCGCAAUUUGGGCAUCUGAGCAUGGGCGCGUGCGCGUAGUCGCCAUGGUAGUCAUUGUAUCUGCUUUCAACCACUGCUAGCCAACAUUUCUUGUUGUUGUUGCUGUUUUUUUUUUUGUUCGUUACGUUUUUUGUUGUUUCUUUUUAUGAAGAGCUCAAAUGGAAACGCUUGACGAGUGAUGUGGAAACAUUUUCAACACACUAACAACAACAGCUAAAUCGAGCAAAAGCAACAGCAACAGCAACAGCAAAAAUGCAACAUACAACCCAGACCCAGAGAGUCUUCAGACGCAACCGACGCUCAUCAUAUAUGUACUCCUCAUGGUAUAGGGUAUACGGCCAACAACAACUGAGGCAAACGCACCGGCAUUACAGGCUGUUGCUGUUGCUGUUGCUGUUGUAUGUUGCCUCUGCCCGGUUGUUAGGGGGCAUUCCCUGCUUUGGCAACAUUAUGGAAAAUCAGUUUGUGUUCGGAACGUGAUGUGGCCGCAUGUGUAGUUCGAGUAGCUAAACGCGCAACGCUACGCAGCGAAUGACUCUGGAUAUAAGCCUUAUUUGUGAACAAAUCAAAAUCUGAAGAAGUGCGGAAUAAGGCUUGAAACAAAAACGAACUGCGCAUAAAUUCCACAUGUAAAACGUUUAUAGCACAUCGGUGAUAUGGAAUUAUAAAGCAGUCAAGGGACUGAAAAAGAACUCGUGUGAAAAAAAGAGCAGAAAUUAAAGCAAAUCAACAAUGUGAACGUGAACGUAGAAUAUGCAAAAAAAAGUGUAAUAACAACAAGUAUUCCAAACAUACAUCUAAAGAGCAAAAGCCAGCAAAAGUGUGAAGUUUACAACAUAAUUAAAAUAAAAUAUAUACAAUAAAUAAAAAACCUCAAAAUUGCCUGAAUUAUGCUCAAUUAUAAGCUGAGCCAAUUUAAGGAUAGACCCGUAUGAUCCGUAUGAUUCAAGUACAUACAUAUACAAUUCGAUUUGAAAGGUCAGUACGAGACCAGCGCACAAAAUGUGGAUAAAACUUUAUGCCUUAUACUAUACAAUUUGUGGAAUUUCUUGGAUUGCUUGUGCCGCAAAAGGAGCGAUACUCGACUCCAGAUGUUAUCUGGAGGGCGGCGGUUCAGCGGAGAGUUUUCUAGCCACUGAAGAUCUGGCGGUGGGCUCCAUAAUUGGUAAAUUGCGCAUUAAUGGCGAUCCCAAUGCAGACACUGGUGACAUUAAUUUGUCGCUAAGAGAGAAGAACGCUCCCGUGGAGAUUGUGGCGGGCACCAAAGACUUGGCUUUAUCCGUAGAGCUGGACAAGGAGGGUCUAAAAGGACCCUCGUCGAUCUAUGUAAAUGUCAUAUGUAUACGAAGACGCUCAACGGAUCCGAGCUUCGUUGUUCCCGUCAAUGUUCGCGUCACGGACGUCAACGAUAAUGCACCACAAUGGAUUGGCACACCCUACACGCUGACCCUAUCCGAGGUGACGGUGCCGGGCACACGCAUACUCCAGGGUGCCCGUGCCGAGGAUGCCGAUCAGCCGGGACCGUUCUCCACGGUGGAGUAUCAGGUUCUACCCGGUCCAUAUGCGGAGCUGGUGCAGUUUCUGAAUCCUCUCGAGGGCACACUGGUUCUGAAAAAGGCACUAGACUAUGAGCAGCUGCAAAAUUUCACAGUCAAGUUGCGUGCCCAGGAUCAGGGCACACCACCGCGACAUUCGGAUACACUGCUGCGCGUGGUCAUCACCGAUGCGGAUGAUCAGAAUCCGAAGUUUCUACGUGAAUCCUAUAGCGCUGAGCUGCCCGCCGAUGGUCGCGCCGGCGAGCUACGCAUGCGCCCCGAACCACUGAAAGCCAUCGAUCAGGACGAGGGCAUCUGUGCACCCAUUCAGUACAACAUUGUGCAAUCGCAGGACGCGAAAUACUUUCGCGUACAUCCGCACAAUGGCAUCAUCACGCUGCUCGCGCCCAUUGGCUAUGCAGAUCUUACGCACGGCGCCACUCUGGUGGUGAAGGCCACCCAGAUAGACAAUCCGGAUCGGUACGCCCUGACCACAGUGCAGCUAACCCGGCCCGGCACACACAGCGAUCUCAGCACACUCGCCUUUGUCCAGAAGCGUUUUGUUAUGCGCAUACGCGAGGACACGGCCGUGGGUAAUCGCAUUCUGGCACUGCCCACCAACAAGCCUGGGAAACAUCUGAAGUACACCAUUGCCGAUCCAAUCAAUUCGCAGUUCUUUAGCGUUGGCUCCCUGGGUGAACUGGUGCUAGCCAAGCCGCUGGACUAUGAAAAGAUGACCAAACAUGAGUUCCAGGUCAUAGCCAGCGAUGGCCUGACCAACAGCACCUCCGCUGACGUCACGCUGGAAGUGAUUGAUGUCAACGACUGGGAACCGCGCUUCCGCGAGACACACUACGAAUUCAUGGUGCCCAAGAGUCAGUCGCUGCAGUCACGCACGGACUCCUUUGAGGGUGUACUAAUUGGCAAGGUGGAGGCAGCAGACGGAGAUCGCAAUGACAAGCUGGAGCUAUCGCUUCGUGGGCAGCAUGCGGGCCUCUUCGAGAUCGAUGCGACGGGCAACAUUUAUAUGCGCCCGGAGCAGCUGCAAAGUCUCAACGAGUCCACGGUGCAUCUGAUUGCCAUUGCCACAGAUUCGGGUGUACCGCCGAGAAGCACCUCCGUGCCUGUGAGCGUUACCAUGGAGGGACUUACUCUCGCCCACUCGGCCUGGAAUAACAGCAUGCUGGGCAUGUUUGGAAUGAUUGUGGGCCUGUUUCUGUUGAUCAUCAUGGCACUCAGUUGCUAUAUUGUGCGCUCGAAGAAGCAGCGCAAGAGCAGCCCUGGCGGCCUGAGCCUGGGACGCAAUCGUGUACAUAGCCAAGCGCACAGUAGCGUCUCCUCGGCGAAUUUAGUGACGCACGAAAAGCUGGCGGGCAACGGCAAUGGUGCUGGCGCCGGCGCCAGCGUCACCAGCGGUGGUGUCUCAGUGCUGCAUAUGAAGCAUCCUAGCAGCAACAUCACUAUGGCAAAUCCAAUCAACAACGGGCUGCAUCAUGUGGCUAGCGGCGCCAGCAGCAGCAUGGCGCUGAGUAGUGCCAGCAACUUGUUGGAGCGGGAGCGCGAACGGGAGCGAGAGCGUCAACGGGAAAGCUAUGCGGCAACGGUGCGCAUCUUCUUGCCAGGCAUCGUAUCGCGCGCCUCUGCCAACGGACAGCUCUACGAGGAGGACGAAAUCGAGCACGACUCCCUCUCGCAGCAGGGCCAACAACAGCAGCAGCAACAACAUCAGACGACGCCGGAGAACAAUAAUCGCAAGACGAUGGCUGCUGUUGCAGGAGGCGUGACAACCAUCUCAACGACGGCCAAUGGCAGUGCAGCCGGAGCUGGUUCCAAUCUCAUGGCCGCCUCUGAUACGAUGGGCUCCUCCGAAAACAAUCUGACAGUCUACUUCUAGGACAGCUCAACGCUGUUCUUAAUUUUGUAAAUAUUGCUGGCCUAGCAGCUAAAAUUUAAUUUACUAGGUCUAAGUCUAAGUCGCGUUUAGGUUCUAGGCCCAAUGUAAAUGUAGUAGACCAAAUAUAGCAUUGUAAACAUCCAGCACUUGUAGUCUAAGCAAGCGAAUUCUACUGUACAAUUUUGCUUCCCACUUUUUACGAUACUUUAACGACAAGCUUAAGAAUAAACUCUAUUGAAUUAUUCGGUAA